AUGACAACUCACAGAUAUGAGAACAUCUCCAUGGUGCCCUUGCGGGAGUUUGUGCUGGAAGGAUUUCAGGGAGGUGUGGAGACCCAGGCUCUGCUCUUUGCUGUCUUCCUGAUCCUAUACACUGUGACCAUCCUGGGCAACCUCACCAUGAUCACAGUCAUCACCCUGGAUGCCCGGCUGCACUCCCCCAUGUACUUCUUCCUCAAGAACCUGUCCUUCCUGGACGUCUGCUACUCAUCUGUUUUUGCCCCCAAAGCCCUGGCUAACUUCUUCUCUUCCUCUAAAGUCAUCAGCUUUGGAGCCUGUGCAACCCAAUUGUUUUUCUUCUCCCUUCUAGGCACCACGGAGGCCUUACUUCUAGCUGUGAUGGCCUAUGACCGCUUCAUGGCCAUCUGUAACCCCCUGCGUUACCCUGUGACCAUGUGCCACACACUCUGCACUCUCCUGGUGCUGGACUCCUACUGUGGAGGCUGCCUAAACUCCAUCAUGGAGACCAGCCUCACCUUUAAACUUCCUUUCUGCAGCUCCAACCGCAUCGACCACUUCUUCUGCGAUGUGCUCCCCUUGCUCAGGCUUGCCUGUGCAGACACAGCUCUGAAUGAGCUGGUCAUGUUCAGCAUCUGUGGCUUCAUCCUUCUGGGUGCAAUGCUUGGGAUCCUGACUUCCUAUGGCUACAUCACAGUGACCAUCCUCAGGAUGCCCUCUGGCUCUGGGAGACACAAGGUCUUCGCCACCUGUGGCUCCCACUUGAUGGCAGUGUGCUUGUUUUAUGGAACAGGUUUUGUUGUGUAUGGACAGCCAGGAGCCAUGAAGUCCAGGGAGCAGGGCAAGGUGGUCUCCAUCUUCUACACCCAAGUCAUCCCGAUGCUCAACCCCCUCAUCUACAGUCUGCGGAACAAAGACGUGAAGGAUGCCCUGCGGAGGCUGGGACAGAAAUGGGUGGCCCUGUGA